UAAAAAGCCCAGUAUUGCAAGCGCGACGUUUAGUCGCGCACUCGCGGUCUUCUACAUACAUCGUGUACCGCGGGGGUGUCCUGUUUUUUUUCUGUCUCCUUGUCUCUCUCUGAAUAAAGUAUCACGCACGCACGCAGUCGUCUUCAGCUCGUUCAUCUAUCGAGUUCGUUGAAUAUUUAAAAAGAGUCCUAUAAUUGAAGUUUAUUAAAAAUAUCCGAUCGAAUCGUUUGGCGAAAACAAUUUUCGAAUAGCUAUACAUGUGAUUUGAAAAAAAAAUAAAGUGAUACCACGCAGUGAUAAUUGGCUAAAAAAAAACUUUUGUAAAACCGACACAGUUGUUUGUAAGUGAGGCAGAAAAAUGGCGACGAAAAUUUACGACUCCGAGCCGCGCAUCCGGAAGCUGGCUCCGGUGCCACCGGAGGAGGAGAUCGUCAUCAGCGGUAUCUCCGGCCGAUUUCCCGAUUCCAACAACAUGAAGCACUUCGAGGAGAAUCUCAUGAACAAGGUCGACCUGGUGACGGACGACGAUCGUCGUUGGAAACUCGACCAUCCCGAGAUCCCUCAGAACACGGGAAAAAUCAACAAUGUGUCGAAAUUCGACGCGCUCUUCUUCGGGGUGCACUUCAAGCAGGCGCACACCAUGGACCCCAUGUGCCGCAUGCUGCUGGAGCACGCCUACGAGGCCAUCGUCGACGCAGGAAUCAAUCCGAAGCAGCUCCGGGGCAGUCGUACGGGCGUCUUCAUCGGGGCCUGCUUCUCCGAGUCCGAGAAGACCUGGUUCUACGAGAAGCUUCAGGUAAACGGCUUCGGUAUCACGGGCUGCAGCCGGGCCAUGCUGGCCAAUCGGAUCUCGUACUGGCUGGGCGUGACCGGGCCGAGCUACGCCGUCGACACGGCCUGCAGCUCGAGCCUGUUCGCCCUCGAGCACGCCUACAGAUCGAUACGCGACGGCCUCUGCGACGCUGCCAUUGUGGGCGGCGCCAAUCUCUGCCUGCAUCCCUACGUCUCGCUGCAGUUCUCCCGUCUCGGCGUCUUGUCACCCGACGGUCGCUGCAAAUCCUUCGACGAGUCGGCCAACGGCUACGCUCGCUCCGAGGCCGUGGCCUGCGUCUUUCUGCAGAAGGCCAAGGACUCCAAACGAGUCUACGCCACCGUGGUGCACGCCAAGACCAAUUGCGACGGCUUCAAGGAGCAGGGCAUCACCUUCCCGUCGAGCAUCAUGCAGGGCGCCCUGCUCAAGGAGUUCUACGAGGAGCUCGGCGUGCCACCCACUUCGCUGAGCUUCGUCGAGGCUCACGGUACCGGGACCAAAGUCGGCGACCCCGAGGAGGUCAACGCCCUCGACCGCGUGUUCUGCACCGGUCGCAAGGAUCCGCUGUGGAUCGGCUCGAUCAAGUCGAAUCUCGGCCACUCGGAGCCCGCCUCGGGUCUCUGCUCAGUGGCCAAGAUCGUCAUCGGCAUGGAGUCGGGCCUGAUACCGCCCAAUCUCCACUACAAGAACACGCGCAAGGGCAUCGAGGCCCUGGAGAAGGGUAGAUUGAGGGUCGUCACGGAGCCGACGCCCUGGAAGGGAGGAUUGGUCGGCAUCAAUUCGUUCGGUUUCGGCGGCGCCAACGCCCACAUUCUGCUCAGGUCGAAUCAGAAGGAGAAGAUCAACGGUGGUCAGCCGCAGGACGAUCUGCCGAGAUUGGUCGCCGUUUCCGGACGAACGGAAUUGGCCGUUCAAACGAUUCUGGACGAUUUGGAGAAAAGACCCACCGACGUGGAGUACGUCAGGCUUCUGCACGACAUCCACACGGAAGACAUCAACGGCCAUCUGUACAGAGGCUACACCAUCCUACCGCCUCGCGGUCUCGUUAAGCAAUCGCCGCGAGAGAUCGAGAAUUAUCUGGGAGUGAAGAGGCCCGUGUGGUUCGUUUUCUCGGGAAUGGGAUCGCAGUGGCCCGCAAUGGGAGAAUCGUUGAUGCGUCUGCCCGUGUUCGUCGAGGCGAUCAAGAAGUGCGACGCGGCUCUGAAACCCCACAAAAUCAACAUCGUCGACAUCAUCACCAACAAGGACAAGAAGACCUUCGACAACAUUCUCAAUUCUUUCGUAGGAAUCGCGGCUAUUCAGAUCGGUCUCGUCGACGUUCUACGUUCGGUCGGCAUCGAGGCCGACAACUACAUCGGCCACUCGGUCGGCGAGCUCGGCUGCGCCUACGCCGACGGCUGCUUCACGGCCGAGCAGAUGAUUCUCGCCGCUUACUCGCGCGGCCUCGCCUCCAUCGAGACCAAGUUCGUGCACGGCUCGAUGGCCGCCGUCGGCCUCGGCUACGCCGAGCUCAAGGAGAUGUGCCCGGCCGACAUCGAGAUCGCCUGUCACAAUUCCGCGGACAGCGCCACCAUCAGCGGGCCCGCCGAGUCCAUGAAGGCCUUCGUGGCCAAGCUGCAGGCCAACAACGUCUUCGCCAAGGAGGUGCCGUGCAGCAACAUACCCUAUCACAGUCGCUACAUCGCUCAGGCGGGCCCCAAACUGCUGGCCUACCUGCAGAAGGUCAUACCGAGUCCGAAGCCGAGGAGCUCCAAGUGGCUGAGCACGUCGGUGCCGCGCAGCAAGUGGGAGACCCCAGCGGCGCGACUGUCCUCCGCCGAGUAUCACACCAACAAUCUGCUGAGUCCGGUGCUGUUCGAGGAGACGUCGCUGCUCAUACCCAAGGACGCGGUGACCAUCGAGAUAGCCCCGCACGGACUGUUACAGGCGAUUCUGAAGAGAUCGCUGGCCCCCACGGUGACCAAUAUCGCCCUGACUCGUCGCGGCCACGAGGACAACGUCGAGGUGCUGCUGCAGGGUCUGGGCAAGCUGUACAACGCCGGACUGCAGCCGCAGCUGCACAAGCUGUAUCCGCGCGUGCAGUAUCCGGUGAGCCGAACGACGCCGAUGCUCAGCCACCUGAUCAAGUGGGAGCACUCCGAGGACUGGUUCGUCACGUCGUACCGUCUGCAGGAAAAGAUCACGUCGGGCGAGCGUCUCGUGUCCGUCACCCUCGCCGACGAGGACUUCGAGUUCAUGUCCGGCCACGUGAUCGACGGCAGAAAUCUGUUCCCCGCCACGGGCUAUCUGUCGCUGAUCUGGGAGACCCUGGGCAUGAUGCGGGGCGAGCUCUACACCGAGGUCUCGGUCGUCUUCGAGGACGUCAAGUUCCUCAGAGCCACCACCAUACCGAAGGAGGGCAUCAUCGAGUUCACCCUCAUGAUACAGAAGGGCACGGGCAGAUUCGAGGUCGUGGAGGGUGGAGCAGCGGUGGUGACGGGCUUCGUCAGAGCCACCGACAAACCCAGCGCCGAGAAGGUCGACCCGAAGAUACUGCAGCCGAACAACGACGAGGAGAUCAUGACGUCGCGCGACGUCUACAAGGAGCUGCGCCUGAGGGGCUAUCACUACAGCGGCAUGUUCCGCAGCCUGAAGAGCUCGACGUGCGACGGCACCAAGGGCCACAUUCUCUGGCACAACAAUUGGGUCGCCUUCAUGGACAACAUGCUGCAGAUGCAGAUUCUCGGCAGCGAUACCCGAGGAUUGUUCGUGCCGACGGGUCUGAUGAAGUUGGUCAUCGACACGAAGACGCAUCUCAACGAGAUUCGUACUAUGGAUGAUGAGAACAAAGAGUUCUCCGUGAUCGUCAACAAAACUCUCAACCUCAUCUCGGCCGGUGGCGUCGAGAUUCGCGGCCUCAAGGCCAGCGCCAUCUCCCGCCGCAAACCCGCCGGCGAGCCCGUCCUGGAGAAGUACCAAUUCAUCGCGCACCGCGACCGCGCCGAGACCAGCCUGCGUGAUCUCGCUCGCAUCGCCACCCACAUUGGUCUCGAGAAUCACAUGGGCAUCAAGGUCCGCACGCUGGAGCUCGUGGAGGAGUCGGACAAGGUGCCCGUGGAGGAGUUGCUGUCGCCGCACCUGGCCGAGGCGCUCGGCGACAUGCCCCUGAUCCAGGCCGACGUCAAUCUGGCCGGUAACAAUCUCGAGAUCGAGGACGGCGCGCUGCCUGCCAACGUCGUCGUGACCGAGCCCAAGAAGAUCGUGGGCGAAUCGAACGCGCUGCUGGCCGUCGGCCACAGACUGCUGGAGCGCGCCGAGAAUCUCAAUCUGCUGCUGGAGGGUCUGAAGGAGGGCGGUUUUCUGUUGACGCGCGAGGACGCCGCAGCGGUGGACUCGAAGCGAGCCGAGGAGUGGGCGCAGGCCAGCAAUCUGCACCUGAUCGCGGAGAAGAGAUCGGGCAGUCACGUGUACGUGCUGCUGCGCAAGAAGGAGAAGAUGUACAAGAAGACGAUCGUGAUCAACGUGAGCAACGACAAGUUCGACUGGGUCGACGAGAUGAAGAAGAUCAUGACGGAGGAGAUCGAGAAGGAGACGGCCAGUCAGCUGCGCAUCGUCUUCGUGAGCGAGGGCAACUUCGAGAGCGGCCUCAUCGGUUUCAUCAACUGUCUGAGAAAAGAGGCCGGUGGCGAGAUAGUUCGAGGACUGCUGAUCCAGGACACCAAGGCGCCCAAGUUCUCGCUGCAGAAUCCCUUCUACACGAACGAGCUGCACAAGGACUUGGCCAUGUCGGUGCUGGGCAUCGACGGCCAGUGGGGCAGCUACAGGCAUCUGCCGUUGCCCGCCCUGGAGCCCAAGCCCGUGCGACACGCCUGGGCCAAUCAGCUGGUGCGCGGCGAUCUCAACUCGCUGUGCUGGCUCGAGGGCCCCAUACAGACGGGCUUCGAGCACGACGAUCUCGUCAACAUCGUCUACUCGUCCAUCAAUUUCCGCGACGUCAUGCUGUCCACGGGCAAGCUGGCCGUCGAGGUGGUGGCCAAGACGCGGCAGUCGCAGGAGUGCGUGCUCGGCUUCGAGUACACCGGGGUCACCAGUAGGGGCGGCCGACGCAUCAUGGGCAUGAUCGAGAAUCGCGCCAUGACCAAUCUCUGCCUGCUCGAUCCCAAUCUCACCUGGGAGGUGCCGGCCAACUGGAGCCUGGAGGACGCCGCCACGGUGCCGUGCGUCUACGGUACCUGCUACUACGCCCUCUAUCUGUCGGGCAAGAUGAAGAAGGGCGACAAGGUGCUGAUUCACGCGGGCUCCGGUGGAGUGGGUCAGGCCGCCAUCACUCUGGCCCUGUUCCAGGGCUGCGAGGUCUUCACCACCGUCGGCACGCCCGACAAGCGUCGCUUCAUACGCGAGCACUUCCCCCAGAUCCCCGAGAGCCACAUCGGCAAUUCGCGCGACACCAGCUUCGAGCAGCUGAUAAUGCGCGAGACCGAAGGCAGGGGUGUGGACAUCGUGCUGAACAGUCUGGCCGAGGAGAAGCUGCAGGCCUCGGUGAGGUGUCUCGCCCAGGGCGGCCACUUCCUCGAGAUCGGCAAGUUCGAUCUGGCCGCCAACAAUCCGCUGGGCAUGGAGUGCUUCCUGAAGGAGAUCAGCUUCCACGGCAUCAUGUUGGAUAAUCUGUUCAACGCCCCGGACGAGCAGAAGAGACAUCUGAGGGAUAUCAUGGCGGUCGGUUUGAAGAACGGAGCUAUCAAGCCGUUGACGAGAACCGUGUUCCCGAAAGACCAGAUGGAGGCCGCGUUCAGGUACAUGGCGGCCGGCAAGCAUAUCGGUAAAGUCAUCAUCAAGGUACGCGAGGAGGACGAGGCGCCUAACACGCCGAUGCUGGCACUGCCGCGCUAUCACUGCCUCGAGGAUCGCAGCUACCUGAUUCUCGGCGGUCUCGGUGGUUUCGGUCUCGAAUUGGCCGACUGGUUGGUACUGCGCGGUGCCAAGCACCUGGUCAUCACGUCGCGCACGGGCAUACGCAACGGCUACCAGAAGAUGCGCGUCGAUCUCUGGAAGAGCUACGGCACGAACGUCGUGAUAGUCUCGGGCAAGGACGCCUCGAAGCGCGACGACUGUAAGGCCAUCAUCGAGAUCGCGGCCAAUCUGGCGCCCGUCGACGCCAUCUUCAAUCUCGCGGUGGUGCUCAAGGACGCGAUCUGGGACAAUCAGACGCCCGAGACGUUCGAGGAGUCGUUCCGCGCCAAGGCCUGGUCGACCAAGCAUCUGGACCAUCUGACGCGAUCGCUCUGCCCCAAGCUCCGACAGUUCGUCGUGUUCUCGUCGGUCUCUUGCGGAAGAGGUAACGCCGGUCAGACGAAUUACGGCAUGUCGAACUCGGUGAUGGAGAGGAUCUGCGAGAGGCGGGCCGCCGAGGGUCUGCCCGGCCUGGCCGUGCAGUGGGGAGCGAUCGGCGACGUCGGCCUGGUCGCCGAUAUGCAGGAGGACAACAAGGAGCUGGUCAUCGGUGGAACUCUGCAGCAGAGGAUAUCCUCUUGUCUGCAGGAGCUCGACGGUUUUCUACGCCAGCAGGCGCCUAUAGUCUCGAGCAUGGUCGUGGCGGAGAAGCGAGCAGGCGGCGCUGGCACCCUGAACGUCGUCGACACGGUCCUCAACAUCAUGGGCCUCAAAGACCUCAAAACCGUCAGUCCGCAGACGUCGCUGGCCGAGCUCGGCAUGGACUCCAUGAUGGCCGUGGAGAUCAAGCAGACGCUGGAGCGCGAGUUCGAGCUCUUCCUCACGGCCCAGGACAUCAGAUCGCUGAACUUCGCCAAGCUCCAGGAGAUGGCCGCGAAGAACGCCGAGGCGAGCAAGAAGCGGGGCGGCGCCGACGCCGACAAGAACGCCGAGGUCAUCACGGGCAUGAAGCUGCUGGUGCGCGUCGUCGGCACGGCCGACUUCAAUCCGGAGGUCUGUCUGCCGCUGGCCACCAAGCAGGAGGGCAAAGCCGAGAUAUUCAUGAUACCCGGUAUCGAGGGUAUCGGCAAGGUCUUCGACAAUCUCGCCCUCAAGAUCAAGGCCCCUGCCUACUGUCUGCAGCUCGGCACGAGCGAUCUCAAUUCCGACAUCAAUGCCAUGGCCGAUAAAUUGACACCGUACAUACUGGAGAGGAGCGCGGACCGUCGGGACUUCCUCGUGGUCGGCUACUCGUUCGGCUCGAUGAUCGCCAUCGAGAUCGUGAGGAGGCUCGAGGCCACGGGCAUGACCGGCAAGCUGAUCAUCGUCGACGGCUCGCCCGAGCUCAUGAAGCGCGUCCAGAACCAGCAGCUGGCCUCCAACAGCGACGAGGAGCUACAGAGCAACGUGCUGCUCGGCAUGAUGGACAUACUGUCGCCCGCCGACAGCGCAGCGCUCGUGACGGAACUGGAGAAACACGACAAGUGGGAGACGAAGCUCGCGGCCUUCCUCCAGCGCUGGGUCAACGUGCCCGGCAUCACCAUGUCCCAGGAGAACCAGGCGGCCUUCUGCACGUCCGUCUACAGGCGGCUGCAGGCCGUGCAGGCCUACGACGCCUCGGCGGCGGGCAAGAUCAAGACGCCCAUUAUGCUGCUGAAGCCGACCCAGCCGACGCUGCGCGCCGUGCCCGAGGACUAUCUGCUGGGCGAGGUGACCAGCGACAAGGUGGAGAUACACUACGUCGAGGGCAAUCACGUGACGAUUCUCGAUCACAACAAGGUCGCCAAGGCCAUCAACGGCGAGCCCCUCGAGGACGCCGAGGAGUUCAAGCAGCUCAUCUUCCAGGGAGAGAUCGACAAAGUCGCGAGUCUCGUGAAUUAACGCGAUGGAGAGCGCGCGUGCGGAGACAAACGCAGAGCGGGAAAUUGUCAUUAUCGAGAGAACUUUGUUAAGUUUUUUUUUUCGUCAUUCAUUUAAUCUCUAUUUUCUAUGUUAGGCAUUAAAAUGUAUAAUACUUAGAUCAUAGUUAUUGUAUUAUUCAAGAAAAGUAUACGUUAUACAUCGUCUCGUAAUAAUAAUAUUAAUAAUGUCUUAGACAAGCUUUGGGGUUCACGAUAUACAGCUAGUUUUGAAAAUGUAAAAUCAUUAUAGAUUGAUUUUUUUUGUUUUGUUUUAUUGGAAAACGGACGAUCGGAAAGGAAAUAAUUGACGUAAUAAACAGUUUUGUAUCA